CAGAACUACAUGUUCCCAGAACUGUGUGUGUCUUUUAAAUGAAAGCAUUUCUUUUGGCUUUUUUAUGCAUGAUAAAGCCUAGUAUUUCUAGUCAUUUUACUAACGUGUAAGUUUUCUGUGUCAACGUCAUCUGUAAUUAAAUGCAUUUGUUACUAUAGCGAAGCUUAUGGCUGCCCGCGGACAUCAGUGUUCAUCUACCGUUGUACCAGAGAAGCCUGGUGAUGUAGUCUCUCCAUCGCAGUCUCAACUCCUCUCUGUACCUGCCUCCGGACACGCACCAGAAAAGCACAAAUCAAGUAUUAUUUUAAAGCUGCUGAAGAAAAGCUCUAAACAAGAUGCAGAAGUGGAGGAAGAAGGACCCGAUGUUCUUGCAGAGGAUGAUGUUCCACACCAGACUCCAAUUGGGGAGCCAGCUGGUUGCUUGGCUGUGAACAUUAGACAGUGUAAGGAGUUCACCAAGCACUCGCCACUGAAGAAAAGCACGCUGGGGUUCAUCCGCAUCAGCAUUGGGAACGUGGUGAAGUGCUCCAUGCCACAUCUCUGCAAAGAGAGCAGGUCUACAAAAUCAGAGGUGUACAUUCGAUUUGAUGAAUGGAAAUACAUUGUGGUUCAGGUUCCUAAACGCAGAGUGGACGACAGAAACAAGCUUGUGGUGGAGCUGAUCGGGUAUGAGUCUGAUGGUGGUCUUGCCAGGCUGUUUGGAAAGACUACUUUAAAUCUGCUAGAAAUCAUCCAGAAAAUGGCAGCGAGAGAGUUGUAUGAUUUAAAGCUGAAAGGGCAGGUUGUUUGUAAGAUUGAAUUGGAGAUAUUAUUUUCCUAUGGGACCUUUGGAUAUGGUUACUCACAUCAGUUGAAACAGAAGCAGAAGGAGCUGCAGGCGAUGGUGGAGAGGUCCUUGUUCAUCAGGAUCCCUCCCUCAGAGCAGUCCAUGGACCCACACUUCAAUGUGACCACCGGGAAGUCAGAAUAUUACCCAGAAUUCCUGUCGCCGGAGCUGAAUGAGCCACAGGGGACUGCCAGUAAAUCAGAGCUCAAUAUCCCUAGCUCAGCUUCAGCAGAAGACUCCUCUACCCCGAAAAUGUCAAAGUUUGUUCUGGAGCUCAUGGAGUCUAGAAACAGGCUGAGCGAAUUGAAGAUAGCCUAUGAAAAAUGUCAAACCACCAGUGAAUCUAUUGAAUAUUUAGAGAAUCUCAUCAUGAAGAAAGGGCCCGGUGAAGGGAAACCCCACAGAUUGGGGAAGUCCAAGUUAUGCAAGUUCAGAGAAAAAGAGGAUCUCGCCAUUGAUUCUGUAAUAACUCCUGAGGCUGAGCAAAUUCAACAAGGAGAGGCAUCGGGUUCGUACAGUUUCAUUUCAAUUUCUUGAGUAACAGAUAAAGUA